AUGAAGAUUAGGAAGAAGAAGUGGGAGAAAGACGAGUUGAAUUUUAAGGCGAGGAGAAGUGAUUUUGAGGAUGAUCAAGAGGGUGUGAGAAAUACGGAUGAUGAAUUCAUAGAUGACGGGGGAGCGGAUCCUGCUAGCCGAUGAAGUGACAAUGAACAAUCUCCAAGUCGCGCUCCACAGGCUGAAGAACGAGAAGAGGAUGAGGAGAUUGACGAUCUCAAUACGGGCAAGAGAAAAUUGGAAACCGAGAAAUGUACUGGCGGUGUUGCACUAGCAGUUGAGACGUUUUUGGCAGAGCUCGAAGUUGCGGCAGAAGAGGAUGCCAAACUGAAUCGGCAGAAAAGACCCGCCAUAAAUAAAUUGAAGAACCUAUCCCAUCUCAAGGCUGGCUUCUCAAAGAUAAAGCUUCAGUCAGAAAUUCUUGAUCACGGAGGGUUGUCCGUUCUAAAAACUUGGCUCGAGCCACUCCCCGAUGGAAGCUUGCCAUGCAUCGACGUCCGUGCUACUGUUUUGAACGUCUUGAAUGAUAUAUAUAUUGAUUGGGAUGAGAGUGAUAGGCGAGAACAAUUAAAGAGAAGUGGCAUUGGAAAGGUCGUUAUUUUUUUCUCAAAGUCUGAUGAGGAAACUAGAGCGAACAGAAAGGUGGCUAAAGAGUUGGUUCACAAAUGGGGUCGAAUAAUUUUCGAUAAGAGCACAAGGCUUGAGGAGAUGAAAAAGUUCGAGAAGAAACCUGCUAAAAAGGUGAUAAGGAAAUCAAAAUCAGCAAUGACAUAUGAAAACGAAUCAUCACAGAGCCAAGAUCUGGCGUGUCAUCAUCUAGGCCGCAUGCAUCGAGGCCUGACCCAGCUGCACUGGAUUAUGCGGUUCGCCCUCAAUCGAAGAUCGACCCCGUUGAAGUUAGAGCCAGGGUUAAAAACUCUGGACAUAAUGAACAUCGUGCUAAGCUUAACAAGAAGCUUCAGGAAAUGCGAGCACCGAAGCGCAAGCAGCUUCAGGCGACAAAACUGAGCGUGGAUGGACGUCGCAUGGAGAAGUAUACUUAGUUACCUCGCUCGCCAUCCGGUCGGGUUUUCUAGCAGUUAUCGUAUGGUCAACAUGGUCAAUAUGAAGAACAUUUUUUUUUUUUCCCUUUUUCUUUUUUUUGGUCUGCCUCCCUGAGGCUCGGCCGGAGCCUCAUUAUGUUGCUAAACAAUGCUCUCUUUGUUGUAUUUAACUUCUAAACUAUGUUUUUCCUUUCUUGGGUCAAUGCUACUUAUUUAAAAUUAUUAUUAUUAUCUUUGAAUGCGA